AUACCCGAGAUUCCAGGGUAAGUCUCGGGAUUCUUAAUUAGCCGAACACUGUCUGGGUCAGUUUAAGUACGGGCCAGUCGAGGUGAGGGACAGAGUGGCGCCCUUUUCCAUUUAUAACUACAUACGCCAAGGAAAGGGCCGCAUGGGGGUCGUAUUCGACACCAUCAGACACCGGAUUAAGAUCUGCGCGUGUAAAAUGGAUUCCAGAGUGAGAAACCUUGGUGUAGUGACUGUUCUGUUGGCGUCUCUCCUCACACUUAUUCUGGUUGUGCUACCAAGGGAAUCACUUACAAUAUCAGAGGAUGUGUCUGUUGUGGUUUAUGACUAUUCCAUUAUUUACCGUUCAUUAUUAAUUGCCGGAUGUGGCCUCUUCCUGUUGAUUGGAUUAGUGGCUUACCUUACAACCCAUGUCAUGGAACCACACUACGCCAAAUCACUCCGUCGGCUACGCACAUAGAGGUCAAGGUCAUCACAAGGUCAAGGUCAAAGUGAUGAAGGUGCUUAGAAACAGAAAUGACAUUUCAAGUCACGAAGUGCAAACCAAUAAGUUUAUAUGGUUCUGAAAUAAGUAUUAAUGAUGAAAUGUCAUGAUUGUGAACUGGAUUUUGUUCAUGAAUGGAAAGAUGUGCCACAACUUAGAAAACUUCCAAAAGAAUGGAAAGUUCACAUUAUUCACUUGAAUAUGCAUCAAGGUCAUAGACUGUGGACCACAACUUAGAGUAGCAUUGGAGAGUUUUGCAAGUGUCCUUUCAGGCCGGUAGAGCAUUUUGUAAUUUCAGAAAUCAUAUUGUAGUUUUUUCUGAAGUCUUGAAAGAGUAAAAAAAAAUCCUGAAGAUGAAACUCAUUUAGGAGAAUCGAAAAUUUACUCUUAGGGCCUUGUACUAGAAAGGGUUUAGUGUAAGCCUUGAACUGCAGCGAGGUAAAACACCAUUCAGCAUUGACCAUUGGUCAAUGGUCAGUAAAACUGCAACCAAUUCUUCAAUUCUCUAUCAUUUAUAGUAGUGGUUGGAAUAGAUGACACAUCAUUUAUUGCACAGGAACUAGACAUGAAUUUCAAACCCAUAGUUCAAAUAUGUAUUGUGCAUCCUUGAUACAUGUGGUACAUAUACUCAGACCUUGUCUGAAAUAUUCGCCAAGUCCCUGUGAUUUAUUGUGAUUUUUCUGUAAGACAUUGAAUUCAUUAUGGUGGAUCACCUAAAAGUUAUUGAUACACCUCACCAGGUAUUAUAUGGGUUAAACUGACACUUUCCGUGCAGAUAAAUAUUGGCAUCAUGAAGACAUUUUAAUUGAAGUGUACAUUCAAUAAGACUUAACCACAUUGAAAUAACAAAAUGUAGCUGGUAUAACACAGGGACUUGGCACUCGCCCAUAGUGAGAAUAUAUCAAGGGAAGCAACUCCAGAAAAAAAAACAGGACACCUUUUUGAAAUCACACUUUUGUUAUACAUCAAUGUUAAGAUAAAUGUUUACUCUUUCCAAUGAGUGUUCCAAUCAUUGAGUAAGAGGUGACAUAGUAAUUUUGAAAAAAGGGUAGCUUCUGUUAGGUAGACAAUUUGCCUUUCAACCUGAAUGUGAGCCUGGGUGGGAUGAACUCAAACAGUCAUUGGGACUUUGUCUCACAACAGGCUGGGGAUUUCGGCCAAAUAUGGUACAUGGCUUCUUGGUAUAAUAUAUAUUCAAACUGCAGUGCUUCACAUUUUUAUUAAUUAUGUAUCUCCUUAAAUAAUUUAU